CAACCACAGUGUACCUGUGCCAGACGAAAUAACAGUAACAUUAUCUGUGAUAAAAUGUCUACACCUUACAUCCCAUUCCUGGGUAUGUCACACUUUCGGUUUUACGAUUUGCAAAUUCGCGGAAACCCAGGUGUGAUGUACAUUCAUGACGGAACAUUCAGCGGUUUGAACAUCAGCAACCUAGACAUACAGUUCACUGGGAUAUCGGAAUUGAACUGUUCAGACUUCAGCGGUAUAGGCGAAAAAGUGUCAAGGAUAUAUUUGCCAAACAACUUGUUGAACCGUGUACCGAGCUGCGCUCUGGCCAGGUUCAGCUCGAUCACAAAACUGGAUCUGCGUAACAAUAGCAUUAUUACCGUAAGACCAAGCGAUUUCGAGCAUUUUCCACGUCUACAGACAUUAGAUUUAAGUGCAAAUGGAAUGUCCCGCAUUGAGCUUGCGGCAUUCGGUGGACUUAAUGAACUGACUACCCUGGAUUUGUCGCACAAUAACAUAUCUGUUCUACACGAUUAUAUGUUCCACGGAUUGACGGAGCUGAAAACUUUGGAUCUCGAUUUCAACAAACUUACAUCGCUAGACGACAAUCUUUUCGAUGACUUGACGAAUUUGGAAAACCUUUACUUACGAAACAACAGAAUUAGUGGCCUCUCAAAGAGGACUUUUAGGAAUCUUAGGCGACUUGGAUAUAUAAGCCUGAUGAGAAACAAAUUGACUCAUUUGUUACCUGAAACAUUUGCAGGACUGACAAAUCUUUACGGAUUGAGUCUUCAUGACAACAGGCUAAGAGAGAUUGGGCCUAGGAUGUUUGUUGGCCUGUCUAAAGUGACGUUCAUAUAUCUUAGUCUUAACAAAUUGACAGUGAUUAACAGAGAUGCGUUUGUUGAUUUUCCUGUUUUAAGGUACCUUAAUUUGACCGGUAAUGCUAUCCGAAAUAUGCAAGCAGGUUCGUUUAGGAAUUUAUCUUCACUCAGCACACUGGAUCUAAGUGGCAAUCAGCUUACAGACAUAGGCCCUGACGUGUUUUUCAACGUUUCAAGUCUACGGGCCUUACAUUUAGAGAACAACCAGAUAUCCUUUCUGAGCGAAGUGUUAUUUUAUGUCAUUAAGAAUUCAUUACGCGAAGUGAACUUAAAAAGUAACGAGCUAUCAAGCACUUCCUGGAAAUGGUUGGGAAAGUUACUUGGUCAUCUCAAAGGGUUAAGGAUGCUUGAUUUAUCUCACAAUCCUCUAAAGUAUAUCCCCUCGGACGUAAUACUGACACUGGCAACAAUGCUAGAAGUUCGUCUAAGGAACUGUAGUUUAGAUAAGGUUCCUGAUAAUGCAUGGAACGUCUCUUUGGAUCUGUCAAUGAACAAUAUCCAAGGUCCCCUCUUAUUAGGGAAUUCCCAUACAGCUAACUCUAGAAUUAACGUUUCGGACAACAAGAUAACUGCACUUAACGUAAAAAUCCCUUAUAGGAAUAAUCAUUACACGGAUAACUUAAUUGUAUGUGACAACAAUCAAAUCCAAGACAGUUUAGUAAUAGAAGUAGAACAUCCGACUGAAUUUUCUGACCGUUCUUAUAUUAAAGUUUCUGCCAAACAUAACUUCAUAAACGAAGCCGUUCAAGUCCUUUUUCAUGAGAAACAAGAUGGCGAUGUAAGUUUACGUUUAAAUGCUGACCUUUCCUUCAACACAUAUAUAAAUGUAACAAAACUACCAGUAGAUAUCAAAGUUAAACCUGGUGGAGAAGUGUUGAUACCUGGUGGCAGGUCAGCACCUGUAGUGUUCCGGCACUAUGAAAUUACAUUAAACCUCUCUAAUAACGCUAUCUCGUAUAUUUCCCCGGAAGCCUAUCUUGGGAUAGUUUACAAACUGGAUCUGCGGAACAACAGGUUGGAGGUUUUCGGUGACCUGAUGCCCAAGACUGAUUCUCCCGAGUAUAAACUUCAAUAUCUCUACCUUUCCGGAAACAGGCUCCAUCGUGUAACUACUGAAACCUUUGAUCGAUAUGGACUGCUUUACCAUCUCGACCUCCGUGACAACGAUAUUAUCAGUUUAAACAGCUUUAAUAUUAGCAAUAGAUUUCCGAAGCUGUUUCUGACAGGUAACCCCUUAACGUGUGGAUGUGAGAUUGCUGGGUUAAGGAACGGAACCAUGCCGGACAAGAUAGACUUGGUACGCUGUCAUUCUCCUCGGGCCUUUACCGGGUAUCUCGCCGUGUGUUUUCCGUUAUCGGCAUGUACCGGCAGUGUUUCUGUGUCAGUCAGUGAUAAGACUAGAUGGCUGUGUGAACAGGACUCCAAUAUAAAACUGUCAAAUCUAACUGUGACUGUUGAAAAUGGUGUGGUCAGCGUUACCUGGACGAAGACUGGACCCGGGAUGAUGACAGGUUACAGAGUCAAAUACCACCCAGUGAAUGAUAUUGGUAUGGGGGGAUCCACUUUAGUUCACCCGGAAACAGAAAAGGUUCUUCUUGACGACCUGUCAAAGGACACGACUUACAACAUAUGUAUUUUCGCUGUGGUACGUUCACGGAGGAAGGGCCCGGCGGUUUGUACGGGUAUACCGGUAAUCUCUGCAAGAAACGAAACGCCUUUUGCUGAAGGUGGUGUCGUUAUUGGCUUAGCCUCAGCUUUGGGGUUAUGUGUUCUGUUAGCAGGAGCUGUGACGAUUUGCCUGUGUGUACGAAAGCGUAGAUCAGGUCAGGAUCAGCCGAAUGAUUCCUCCCUUGACACCGAGCCUGGUAAUUCACAAUCUGUGUCGACAAACCCUGCAUAUGUACCCACAAAUGUGUCUGCUCAAGCAGAGCCGGGCGAAAUAAACAGCGUGAAUAUUCGACAUCCGAACAACGAGAGUCAAACUGAAGAUGGGAACAUAUAUGAGAAGAUUAGCAGAACAACUGCAUACGAAAACUCGGGUUUCCGUGCAUGAUAUAGUGACGGAGAAUUACAAUACUUUUUUUUCAGUAUGACGAACAAAUAUGGUGUGGAGGAUCGGAACCACUUUCAAAUAGAAAGUCUCUAAUGAUUUCAGCUGGAUAAUUUCAUUUGUUUGCCUUUUCCAUUUUUAGUGGAAAAACUAUAUAGUUUAUUAUUGUAAAAUCCUAAUACACCAUUGAAUACAGUACUUUGCUAUAAACAAUCACAGUAUAUAUUUAGUUUUCACAAUUCAGAGAAAAUUCUAGGCCUGUGAUUUGUCAAUCUGCUUUGGGUAAGCUACCAUGUUCGCCGAGGGUCAAUAUUUUCACUGGCCCUUUGGGCUGGUGUACUCGUGCAAAGCACUGGUAUGACUUAUGUCAGUGGUUGUUAACCAGAUUGAAGAGGCUAGUUCCGUGUGAAACAGUCAGAUUGUGUGCAAGAGUAGCUAGAUUUCCCCUUAGUUGAGGUGAUUCUGCUGUGUUGGCAAGAAAUAUUAUGUUUAGAUUGUUUUUUGGAAUGAGUGAAGUUUUUGUUUCUUUGCUGUACUUAUACAUACAUCUGAUACACCAUCUACAAUAUCACAUAAACAAACGCUGUCCAGACGCAAUAUACAUGUACAUAAGCAAUGUCCAUAUAAAAACCAGGCGAUUCCUGUACAUGUUUCCCAAAGACACAUAAAAUCCAUGUUAUUAAUUUACAUAAACUUCUUGCUUGAAAAAGUAAUCCUGCACCUAGCUGGCGAAUGGCGAAUGGCUCAUGGCCGCACGCUGGGAGGUUCGUCAUGUUCUACCAGCGAUUGCCGGUUUCUCACUGUUUCUAGCAGCCAAGGAUUUUAUUGCCGUCAUGACGUCAGCUACCUGAUGCACGUUUUGACUUAAAGUCACCGUUGAGCCAGCAAAAGCUUGAUUCGAUCUUGCGACCUCAUUGGCGAUAGACCGAUCGGGUUUGGAUCGCUUUAGGCGAUAGGAGCCAUUGAGCGCCUUAUUUAGAGGAUCAACAUUUUUUGGGGUGAAGGUAACAGCGCUGAGUCAUUAGAAAACCCAGCAUUUCUUUUAUGCAUGUGUUUGUGUGACAUACAUUCUGAUGUCAGUAUAUAUUAAUAACGUAUCAGGCUGAAUAGUUAAAUAAAAUGCUUAAAGACAUAAUUGUUCAUCCAAUAUGAAUAGUUUUGUAGGGUGGAUACAAUAGGACCGAAAGCUUUGACCCACUUAUCGUUCUUGUCAGUUAAUAAAGACGGUAUAGGCCUACACGUAAUUAGGUAUGUAAGAUGAGUGAUUUGUAUUUUUCACAAAAGAUCUGUUCUGAGCCCAUAGAAUCUGAUAAGCCUCGUACCUCACUGAGUACAUACAUAAUAGAACUGUCAGCAAGGACCGCACCAUGCAAAGCUGAGUAUUCUAAUACUGCUGUACUGUAUCAGUGUGUUGUGAUAUUCCACAACUUUCUGAGGCUGUGUAGGUCUAGGUUGUUGAAGGGUAUAUCCAUACAUAUGUGAAGAAUGGACGCUACAGAAACUAUACAUUUGACUGUAAUAAUAUAUAAAACUUUUAUGUACGCUUAAAAAGGCGGUAAACGCGCAUAGCACAUAUGUGGGUAAUGUGAAUAUUUUAGAAAGGGUUCUGUAAAGGUUCUUGUGUAUAUAUGUGACAUUGAAAGUGCCGUGCAACUGCUUUUGCGUCUUUCAUUUCUUUAUUGAUGCAUUUUAUACAUGCAUUUAAUAUAUGAAUUUAGUUUCGCUUCAGUGAUUUACUUGUUUUAUAAUCUCAGGAUAUAUUUAAGUCUAUAGAUAUUUUGGAUCGUCAGUAGGAUUGCGAAUGUGUGUUUGAGUAAGGAAUACUGUAUUGUUGUAGUGCAUUAUAUUGUGUAUAAUUAUUUAGGUUAAUUAUCGUAUUUAAGAGUUGAUGAACCUCUGUUACUUCAAAGUAAAGAUGUGCAGCUCUUACCUGCAUACAGCUGUCCUAUUUGAAAGUUGCACUCUAUUGAAAAACAAGCUUAUGUUAAUAUGAAACAAAGAUAGGCAGUAGUAACAGUUUCCUUGCGUCUUCUGUAUUAUGUAUAUUCAAGUAGAUAAGUCUUCGAGAGAGUUAAAAAAAAUGUGUGUACUUAAUAUUGGCAUAAAAGAAAAAGAUCAGGAUGUCUCCCUUGUAUUUUAUUUUCUAAAUUGGCAUUGGUAAGUUGAUAUGUUUGUGAUUUUCUGAACAGCAAUUUUCUAUACGUACAUACUGAAUGCAGUUUGCUAGAUUUUAUCAAUGAUAAGUUUAUUAUAAUUGUUGUACAAAUAAUGUUGUUAUUUUUACUGAGUUCGGUAAUAAAGUUUGGAAUA